UUGCUUCGGGAAACAAACAGAAGGCUUCACUUUGUUGAGCCGAAAUGAAAGUAUUGCGCAUUAACUAAUUUAUUUUCCAUUUAUACUGUAGAUACAUAGAGUUUUCCAUUUAUCAUAACGACUGGCUCUCGUUUUAAAGCGUUUCAAUAAGAGCUUGGAUCAUAUUUCAGUCGGAAAGAAAAUGAAAACUACGCUAUGAUGAAGAAAAACCUGUCAAACUCGGCUUUCUUGCUGGUUUUUAUCGCAUCUUUUAAACUCACAAAAGUUGAAAGCACAAAACCCGAGACUGUCGACCACGGUCAAUGGACAUGGGUUGAUGGUAGCAAGAUCAGCAAUGCUCCAAAUACAUUCAAUGCUUCUCACAAGUUUCCAGGCGCCCGUUAUGGUGCUACUACCUGGAAAGACAGAUCUGGUAAUGUCUGGAUGUUUGAUGGUCAUGGUCAGACCAAACCUCUCCAGGAACUCUGGCUGUUCAACACAAAGUCUAAGUCAUGGUCCUUAGUUGAUGAUGGUGCGAAAAACAUUUCCAGGCCCUCACCCUGUGUGCACUGUGCAUCUUGCUUUUAUCAAGACAAAGUUGUGGUGUUUGGUGGUGUGAUUAAAAGAAAGGGGAAGUCUAAAGCAUAUACAUGGAUUUUGGAUUUGAAGACAACAUCCUGGACAGCACUUCAAGAUGAUAAUCCCCCAGUUAGAGUUAAGCAGUCAUACUGGUGUGAUGCAAGCAAGGGCAUUCUCUACAUCUAUGGAGGGGACAAUGGUGCCAAAAUUAUUGAUGAUAUGUGGAAAUUCUCAUUCAAGGACAUGGCCUGGUCAUCCAUUACUUUCUCCAAGCUACCUACUUUUCCUGGCUCUCGGUUCUCUGCCACUGCCUGGGAAAAUAAUGGCACUUUGUACCUAUUCGGAGGCCAGGGGGAACUCGGACUAAUGUCUGAUCUAUGGGCAUUUAAUCCUUUAGAUUCUUCCUGGACAAAAAUCAAAGGAAGUGCAAAUGCAUCAGCAGCUGGUGUCUAUAACUUGCCAGGUAAUAAUCUUCCUGGGAAGCCAAGCCUGCCAGGGUGUCGACGCGAUGCUGCCUCAUGGUCAGACAAGGAUGGUAACUUGUGGAUGUUUGGAGGAGGUGGUUGUGAUAACACCACUGGCCGGGAUCCUGGCUUCCUCUCAGACCUUUGGUUGUUUAACACCUCAACCAAUCAGUGGUGUUGGGCUGGAGGUCUUCCUAUAAGUGAAGGGAUACCCACAUUUGGUUUGAAAAUGCAGACAAGACCCCAAAACCUUCCAGGACCCAGAGAGGCAGCUGUCCGCUUUACCCUGGAUGAGAACCUGUGGUUGUUUGGGGGAUCAGGCCAUGAUGUGAAAGGUAACGAUGGGGUGCUAAAUGACCUGUGGGUGUUCGGCAGCAGCUAUGUACCACCCAGCACCGAAAAACCUCAGACUGACACCAAGAAGUUACCUGGAGACACCCUUGACAUGUCAUACGCAGAGAGGGUAGUUAUUGCUUUGGUGAUCUUGGCUGUUGUCAUGGCUGGGAUGCUUGCUAUUUUUUAUCGCAAGGAGUGUAAUAUUUGGUGCUGGAGACAGAGAAACCCUGCACCAAAGGUCAAGUAUGAACAGAUAAAGUCAGGAAUACAAGUUCCUGAUGUGUAGGUGUUGGCAGGGGGGGGGGGGGUGCAGACAAUACACAGCUUUACAGAUAUUGUGAAACACUUCUAAGAUAUGGCAAAUCUUCAAUUAAAAAAACUGCUUCUUUUUAAGAAGAGGGGCUUAGGCAGGAUUUGAAGGGGGAAAACAAGGACCAAGACUGUAUUUGCUAAGCAUCAGUUCAGUCAUACAUGCUGAUAAUGUGGGUAUGCUUCCAUGAGAAGCUGCUUAGAGCAGCCUAAAUAUUUAUGUUAGAGCAGCAGACAGUAUGAAUAAUAUGUCAUAUUUGGCAGGAAGUGGUGUGACUCAAUAUAGCUUAUAAAAAGGGUUUCUAUUUUGUUUUUAGGUAUGUUACCACACAAUGUGUAAGCAUUGUGUGAUAUUUCGAAGCAUUGUAUUUGAAGGUACCCAUAAAACUUACAAAAAAUCACACACAUAGCUUACAUUUUACCUUAUUUACUAUAAAAACUCCUACAAGAAUAACACCUAGAGUUAACCAGGUGACAGUUGACAAGGGCAGGUUAAAAUUAAGGCAAGUUGUCUCAAACAAUUUAAAAAUAAUAUGAAACGUUAGCAAUCGAUUAUUGUAGCGGUCGUGUCAGACAGAAUAAGAUUAUUCUCUGUAACUCGGGAUAAUCAAAGUUCAUCAGAGUUGUCCCAGUUACUCUUUUAUUGGCCCUGCAAUAGGGCCAUAUAACAGUAGUUUCUUUGUCACUAAAAUUUUUCACUAAAUUGUUUUACAGUAAAUACAUUGUUUUUUAGUAUUAUUUUUUAAAGUUAUGUUUGAGUUGUAUAAUAAUCACAUAAUUUGUUGAAUAGUAUUUAUAAUAGUAUAUGAUCUGUAAAAUAUACUUAAAUUAAAAUCAAUUGCCAUAAAAAAA